UGUCAAUAUCAGCUGUACGUAAAUAAUACGCAUAAUAAUACGUGGUAGCGAGCGGUGUGGAAGUAAUCAACAAAACAACUUUCUAUCGGUUUUGAAAUUAGAGCAGCAGCAGGAACAGGAAGACUAAAUCUGCAUUCUAAAAGAUGUAGAUUAAGUGAUAGUAGUAAAAGAAUGGAGGGUGUAUUGUGGAAGUGGACUAAUUAUUGGAACGGCUGGCAGACACGAUGGUUUGUACUGGAAAAUGGCAUUUUAACGUAUUACAAAUCCCAGGAGGAGGUUAACAAAGGCAGCAAAGGCUCCAUUAAGGUGCAGGCGUGCGAAAUUAUCGUGCACACUAUCGACACAACACGCUUGGACUUGGACAUUCCCGGUGAACAGCACUUAUAUUUAAAAGCGGCUACACCCCAAGAACGACAAGGUUGGCUAAUCGCAUUAGGAACCGCAAAAGCGUGCGUUUCGAAUAGAAGCCGAAAGGAUACAAGCGACAAUAUAUUCUACAAUAGCGAAUCGGAGGUAGAUACCCUUAAAAGUAAGAAGUCCGAACUCAGACUGUACUGCGAUUUACUCAUGCAACAAGUUCAUACUGUGAAAACGGCAGCGAACGUGGAAGGAGGACCCGAAAUUUCGAAAAUGGACGAGGCGACCAGUUUGCUUACUGCAACAUGUGAUACUUUCAUCAAGACGUUGGAGGAUUGCAUGAAACUCUCUCAUUCGAAUGUGCUGUACGAAAUAACGCAACAUAACGACGCAAUCAUACCCAACAUCGGGGUGUCUAAGAAGAGGACAAUUCUUCGGCCCCACUCGAAUGAUUGUUGAAAAAUUCCGUUUGCCAAAAUUGUUAUGACUUUCAUUUAUGUCAAAAUGGGUGUAUGUGUGAUCUUUAAUGUUUAUGUUACCUACCAUACCUUAGGACUUAGGUAGCGUACUUAAAUAAUCUCAUUAUUUAUAACAUGUAAAAAUAUAUGUUAAUUGUGAUACAUAGAAUAUAACUCUUAAUAUAGGCAGACAUUUAAAGGGUGGAAGUUAACAUUCUAAAAUGAAACUAACUAUAGCAAUUAAAUGACAGAUACAGAUU